AUGAUCUGCCUCGUACAGAGUUUAUAUACCGGUUUCGCUGAUGGACUGACCGGCUUUGUUACGAAGCCGUAUCGGGAGGCAAAAACUGAUGGUGCUGCAGGAUUUGCAAAGGGUUUUGCCAAGGGCAGUGUCGAACUCUUCUCAAAGCCUGGUGCAGCGAUGUUCGGCCUCAUGGCGUACCCAGCUAUGGGUAUUUAUAAAAGUAUCAAGAAGGGGAACCUCAAUCCUACCGAAAGGAAGAUUGUGGAGGCGCAGAUUGAACUUGGUGAUUAUAUGUUACAAAGCUUCCCUGCUUCGCCUGCAGAGAUCGAGAUGGUUCUGUCCAGAUUCAAUACUCUUAGUUGA